CAGUUGAGGAAAAGUUUGAAGAGACGGAAUAUUUACAUCUCUACUUUAUCCAGAAAAUAGUUUAUCUAUUGAUACGUUUAUCCACAGAUAAGUUUAUUAACAGUUUAUCCCCGAGCGGAGCGACGACCAGAGCAGAUGGAAGGUUCAGAAAACCGCUACGAGCGCCUGACGGCGGAGCAGAUGGACGAGCAGCGGGUCCAGAACGUGGCGUAUCAAUACCUGUGCAGGUUGGAGGAGGCCAAGAGGUGGAUGGAGGCGUGUCUGGGGGCGGAGCUUCCCUCUCCCACCGACCUGGAGGAGUCUCUCAGGAACGGAGUGGUUCUGGCUAAACUGGGCCAUCGGUUCAGUCCUGGUUCAGUCCCGUUGAAGAAAAUCUACGACCCGGAGCAGCUACGCUACCAGGCUGCAGGGCUGCAGUUCCGUCACACCGACAACAUCAACCACUGGAGGACGAGCAUGACGGAGCUGGGACUGCCGGGGAUCUUCCAUCCUGAAACCACAGACGUUUAUGACAAGAAGAACAUGCCCCGAACCGUGUACUGCAUCCACGCUCUCAGCCUGUACCUGUACAAGCUCGGCUUGGCUCCUCAGAUCCACGAUCUCUACGGGAAAGUCAAGUUCACAGAGGAGGAGAUCAGCCACAUGCAGCUGGAACUGGACCGGUACGGCAUCACCAUGCCGGCCUUCAGCAAGAUCGGGGGGAUCCUGGCAACGGAGCUGUCGGUGGACGAGGCCGCAGUCCACGCGGCGGUGCUGGCCAUCAACCAGGCGGUGCAGCGCGGGGACGUGGACCGGACCAUGACGGCCCUCAGGAACCCGGCGGCGCUGCUGUCGGACCUGCAGCCGGGCCUGGACGUCCUGUACCAGGAGGUUCUGCUGCAGGCCCGGCGGGCCAAGGAGGUUCUGCUGCAGGCCCGGCGGGCCAAGGAGGGCCGCGCCGCCGCCACGCGCGGCGGGUCGGAGGAUUUGUACGAGGAGUUCCUGAGCCAGAAGGAGAUCCAGGACCAGAUCAACGUGGUCAACGUGCGGGCGGCCCUGGAGCAGGUGGACGAGGCUCUGGACGCUGCAGACGAGCUAAUGCUGCUAGCGACGCUGCAGCUGCCGAGUUUGGGCCUCCGGGGGAUUCAGACCGACAACCGGACCUGGUACCUGGACCAGCUGCUGGAGGACCGGCAGCUGAAAGCUCUGGACCAGGGCUGUGUGGAUCCUCUGGAACCAGCUGAGCUGCAGGACGGCGUCUCCUCGGCCAAUCAGGAGGCUCAGAGGGCCCGGAACGUGUCCUCGUUGGUCCAGGACGUGAACUCGUCCCUCCGAGGAAACGACCCCAGACGAACCGUCGUUCUCCUGAUGAACUCUGACCUGGAACUUCCUGAGGUGUUUCCUACGGGGGCGGAGCUUUACCACGGAGAGCUGCAGCUGCUGCAGGGGCGGAGCCCUCAGGGGGAGCUCCAGCAGGAGGAACUCUUCGUUGCCGUGGAGAUGCUCUCAGCCGUCACUCUCAUCAGCCAGAGUUUGGAGGCGGGGCUUCUGCAGCAGUUCAGCUCCUUAUUGGUCAGUCCGUCUGCAGGACUGGCUGACGUGGACCAGGACCUGCUGGACAGGUACUUUGAGCGGAUGAGAGACGUGAAGAAGACAAUGGGAGGAAACGCGCUCACCUGGAAUCAGCUACAGGAGGAAGUGAACGCUGUUAACAGCUGCACGCAGGACGAGCAUCAACAGCUGCUGGCGGUGGAUCUGAUCAACAAGGCGGUGAAGAGAGGAGACCUGGGUCAGCUGACUGCGGCGCUAGCGCUGCCCUCCGGUGGCCUGGAGGACGUACUACCGGCCAACACCUGCAGAUACCUGACGCUGCUGACCCGAGCCCGGCAGAUCAAGGCCCAGGCCAGCAGAGACCCGGGAGCUGAGCUGUGGUUGGCCGAUAUCCAGGAAGCAAUAACGCUGGCCAAUCAGCAGAGUCGGAAAGCUCUGAAGACAUGCCUAGCGGUGGCGGCAGUGAACCAGGCCGUGAAGGAGAACCGGGUCCAACAGACUCUCAGAGUCCUGAGUCUCCCGGAUCUGGAUCUGCAGGGAGUUUUACCGGACUGUGCUGCCGAGUACCAGACCCAGCUCAGCGCCGGCAUCCGGCACAAGAAGCUCUCAGGGGACAACAGGAGCCCGUGGGUCCGGGUCCGGCUCCAGGACUCGUCCUGGUUCUACUUCCACCUGACCAGACUGGAGGGAACCUGGGAGGAACCGGAGAGAUUCCUGCAGAACCACCUGUUCCUGGACCGGAGGGAGAUCCAGGACAUCGUCAGCAGCGUCUCCUCGUCCUACAGCAGGAGUGUCCUGUGGAGCAGCAGAGAGUUCCUGGUGAUUCUCCUCCAGGCCCGGAGUCGGGGGUUCCUGGUCCGACGCCGGCUGGAGGCCCGGAGGAGCCAGACGGCGGCCAUCUUGGUCCUGCAGGCCCACUGGAGGCGGGUUCUCCAGCAGAGGAAGUACCGGCGCCGCCUGCAGCUGCUGUCGAACUGGAGGGCCGUCGUCAAGAUCCAGUCGUGGGUGAGGAUGUGGCGGGCCAGGAGACGGUACCAGGCCCGGCUCAGGUUCUUCCAGCGCAACGUGGACUCCGUGGUCAAGAUCCAGUCCUUCUUCAGGGCCAACCGGGCCAGACACCAGUACCGGAUGCUAGUGCACUCGGCCACGCCCCCCCUGCCGGUGGUCAGGAAGUUCCUGCACCUAUUGGACCUGGGCGACGGUGACAUCAGAGAGGAGGCGGAGCUUCAGCGGCUCCGGGAGGAAGUGGUCCGGACCAUCCGGUCCAACCGGGACCUGGAGCAAGACCUGGACCUGAUGGACCUGAAGAUCGGCCUGCUGGUCCGGAACAAGGCCACGAUCCAGGAAGUGGUGUCCCACUGUAAGAAGCUCACCAGGAAGAACAAGGGGACGCUGUCGGACAUGAUGGACGCCGGGAGGACCAAAGGCCUGAAGGCUCUGAGUCGAGAGAAGAAGAAGAAGCUGGAGGCGUAUCAGCACCUGUUCUACCUGCUACAGACCCGGCCCCUCUACCUGGCCCAGCUGAUCUUCCUGAUGCCUCAGUCUCGUUCCACCUCCUUCAUGGAGAUGUUGGUCUUCAGCCUCUUCACCUACGGAUCCGACCAACGCCAGAGCUUCCUGCUGCUGCUGCUGUUCACGGAGGCAUUAAAGUACGAGAUCAGGCUGAAGGUGCAGGUCCCCCAGGACGUGGUCACCGGGAACCCCACGGUGAUCCGGAUGCUGGUGAACUUCUACCGCGGCGUCGGCGGACAGAACGCCCUGAAGGAGGUUCUGGGUCCGGUUCUGCAGGACCUGGUCCUGGACCAGAACCUCAGCAUCAGGACCGACCCCCUGGAGGUCUACAGGACCUGGAUCAACCAGACCGAGACCCAGACGGGCCAGAAGAGCCCCCUCCCCUACCAGGUGUCUCCAGAAGACGCUCUUUCCCACCCGGAGGUUCAGAGACGCGUGGACGUGGCCGUCGUGAACCUGAAGAACCUGACGGACCGAGUCUUCACGGCCGUCACCGGGAACCUGCACCGGAUCCCGUACGGUCUCCGCUACACGGCCAAGGUUCUCAGAGAUUCCCUGAAGACCAAGUUCCCUGAAGCCGGAGAGGACGAGGUCUACAAGAUCGUGGGGAACCUGGUCUACUACCGCUACAUGAACCCGGCCAUCGUGGCUCCAGACGGGUUUGAGGUUCUGGACCGGACCGGUCCGGCCCUGCAGCCCGAGCAGCGCCACCUGCUGGGCUCGGUGGCCCGGAUCCUGCAGCAGGCGGCGGCCCACAAGCUGUUCUGGACCGGGGACGGGACCGGGGACCGGGACCAGACCCGGGUCCUCAACCAGUUCAUCAGCCAGACCCACGCCAGGUUCAGGAAGUUCCUGGUCUCCGUCUGUGACGUCCCAGAACCGGAGGACCGGUUCGGUCUGGACCGGUUCUCUGACCUGCUGACCGUCCACCGACCCGUCAUUUACAUCUCUGUUAGUGAGAUGAUCAACACGCACAAGCUGCUGCUGGAGCACCAGGAGGUUUUGUGUUCCGACCCGUCAGACCCGCUGAGGCUGAUCCUCCAGGACCUGGGACCGGUUCCAGCCCUGCAGGACCUGAGCGGUGAUUCUGAUCCCGGGUCCGACUCCAGUAAGGUGGAAGUUUCUCUGACUUUGACCAACAAGUUCGACGUCUUUGACGAGUCGGUGGAGAAACCGGACGUCGGGGGACUGUUGCUCAGCACCAAACAGCUGAUCAUCGACAUCAUCAGGACCCAGUCAGGUGACUCGCUGAGCUGCAUGCUGGGAGCCGGCAGCUCCCCGGACCAGGAGGCGUGCCACGCCCUCCUGGUGCAACGCCGCGCCCAGCGCGAGGCGGCAACGCCCAGCAGGAUGAGGAGGAACCAGUCGCUGGUCGCCGACGGCAACCUGAGCCUGGAGGAGAAGAAGAGGAAGGUGCUGAGGAACCUGAGGCGCCUGCAGACCCUGGGGGUCCUGACGGGACCCGGGUCCCCGGAGGACCAGGUGCUGGGGAUGAUCGCCCAGGACGUCCGGCUGCAGCGCCGCCACCGCCAGCGUCGGGGGGCGGAGCUUCAGAAGCAGCGGCGGACGCUCGUUAGCUUGCAGAAGAAGAGCAGCUUCCACAGCCAGCAGGUCGACUUCUACCGCCAUUACAUCACUUCCUGUCUGGACAACCUGACGGCCCGCACGAAGCCGAGCAAGCAGAAGCCUCUGAGCUACAGCGCCACCCGGCUGCAGGAGAAGGGAGUUCUGCUGGAGAUCCAGGACCUGCCGGCCUCGCAGUUCAAGAACGUGGUGUUUGACGUUUCCGCUGGUCCAGAGAAAGGAGGAUUCACGGUCCGAGCUCGGUUCCUGGGGGUGGAGAUGGAGGCCUUUCAGCUGCAGUACCAGGACCUGCUCCAGCUCCAGUACGAGGGCGUGGCCGUCAUGAAGAUGUUCAACAAAGCCAAGAUCAACGUCAACCUGCUGAUCUUCCUGCUCAACAAGAAGUUCUUCAACAAGUGAACCUGGACCGGGACCGGGACCGGGACCUGGACCGGGUCCUGAACCGUGUUCUGGACCUGGACCGGGUCCUGGGGGGUCGUCCCCGGGUCAGGACUGGGUCUGACCCCAGACCGGGUCCAGGACUUGACGACAUGAACGAACCGAAUAUGUGGCGGAGUGAAACGUCUUCUCACAAUCUUUAACUCAACCGCCCCGUUACCAUGGCAACCGCCCCAUGGUAACCGCCCCGUUACCAUGGCAACCACCCCAUGGUAACCGGGCGGUUACCGCGGUAACCCACUUCAUGUCUCCACAGAGAGCAGGAUACUUUACUACAUCAUUUAUAUCUACAAAUAUAUACGUAUUUGUUUAAUCGUGCCGUAAACGGAGUGAAGCUUCACCUCCAGUUAACUCCUCCCACUCCAUCUGUGGCUCCUCCCACUCCAGUUAACUCCUCCCACUCCAUCUGUGGCUCCUCCCACUCCAGUUAACUCCUCCCACCAUUUGUGGCUCCUCCCACUCCAGUUAACUUUAUAUCUUUAUAUCUUUUUAAACUAAGACGUUUAUUUAUUCUCCGUCUCACUACAUGGUUAUUCUUGUUUGUUUGUAACUUAUGUAACUAUAAACUCUGACGUCCGUCCACUCGUCUAACAUUAAAACAUUAAAAACUAAAUAUAUUAGUUUAAUCACAGAUGUGGGCGGAGCCUCCGAGCAAACGGACGUCAUUGGUUUUACCUGUUUGUGCUGAUCAAUAAGUGCUGAUCAAUACCUGAUGAUCAGUAAGUGCUGAUCAAUACCUGAUGAUCAGUAAGUGCUGAUCAAUACCUGAUCAAUAAGUGCUGAUCAAUACCUGGUGAUCAAUAAGUGCUGAUCAAUACCUGGUGAUCAAUAAGUGCUGAUCAAUACCUGAUGAUCAGUAAGUGCUGAUCAAUACCUGAUGAUCAGUAAGUGCUGAUCAAUACCUGAUCAAUAAGUGCUGAUCAAUACCUGGUGAUCAAUAAGUGCUGAUCAAUACCUGGUGAUCAAUAAGUGCUGAUCAAUACCUGGUGAUCAAUACCUGAUGAUCAGUAAGUGCUGAUCAGUAAGUGCUGAUCAAUAAGUGAUGAUCAAUACCUGAUGAUCAAUACCUGAUGAUCAGUAAGUGCUGAUCAAUAAGUGAUGAUCAAUAAGUGAUGAUCAAUACCUGAUGAUCAGUAAGUGCUGAUCAAUACCUGAUGAUCACUAAGUGCUGAUCAAUAAGUGCUGAUCAAUACCUGAUGAUCAAUAAGUGCUGAUCAAUACCUGAUGAUCAAUAGGUGCUGAUCAAUACCUGAUGAUCAAUAGGUGCUGAUCAAUACCUGAUGAUCAAUAAGUGCUGAUCAAUACCUGAUGAUCAAUAGGUGCUGAUCAAUAUCUGAUGAUGAUCAAUACCUGAUGAUCAGUGAGUGCUGAUCAGUAAGUGCUGAUCAGUAAGUGCUGAUCAGUAAGUGAUCAAUACCUGUAAAUAUUUACUUUCUUCUUCUGUUCUUUUAUUUCCUUCUUUCUGAGGAAAAAAAUGUAAAUUCUGAAUAAAGACGUGAAACUUU